GAACAACGAGAAGAUGGAUAUGAAUGUGGCGAUUUUCCUGAAACGACUGCGUUCCAGAGAUAUGGCGUGAAAACAAGCGAAAAAGCGUACGCGAGCGAUCCAUGGCGCACGCGCGUAUGUGGGUGUAUACCGUUUGCCGGAGCAUCAGACGCGAGCGAUCCAUGGCGCACGCGCGUAUGUUGCCGUAACUAUCGUUUGCCGGAGCAUGCGCAUCUGCGAUAUGCCACGUGGUUGACCUUGGACGAGCAAGCGGUUCUUGAGUUUCUCUCCUCUGUCAGUGUUGAUCUCUGUUCUCGAUGGACAACAAACUGAGCAAGGCUAUCCAUCAAAUAUCUCAUACAUGACAGGAUUAAAGAAGAACUCUCAUUUCUACGUUGAAGGAUCCCUCUGAGCUAUAUAUUAUCAAAGCACAGACACUCCACCCGUCAUGUUCAAUGCACAAUAAUGCUCCGCUCAUAGCUGAACUGUGUUACUGCAUACUUGCAACAACAUGUCAUUUGGUUACUCUGAUAAGCACUAAUGAACUCAUAGCAGAUACCCUUCAUCCAAUUUGUUCAUCUUAUAUUCAAGUUUGUAGUUACAGUGGAACCUCAUUAAUACGAACACUGUUAUGCGAAAUAACUGUUUGAUACGAUCCACUUUGAAAUAGCCCACCUAGCUUACAAAACCACAAACGUGCGCAUUUUGAGCCUAGGGUUUGCACUUUAGUGCUUUUCAUUACAAUAUGGAGUUAGUUGCAAAUCGUCUCCGAAUACCGCUUGG